AAUAAUAAUAAUAAUAAUAAUAAUAAAGCCGGUCCACGGUGAUCCCAACGGUGGGGCCCAAAAUUCCCUAAAACCAAGCAACAAUAUCUAAAACCAACCAAUCAGCAUCUGCCACGUGGCCAUUCCUCAGCUCCCCUGUUUCGUGUUCCAAAGAAGCGACGGUGAGAUGAAAAGGAUCCCCACCACCACCGUCCGAUGCUCUUCCCCCGAUCCGACGUGGCAUGAUCCUCUCCGUCCAAUCGUCCCCCGUGUGAUUCUCCCUCGCGCACACGUGCUCCUCCCUCUCUCUCUCUCUCUCUCUCUCUCUCUCUCUCUCUCUCUCUACUUUGCUUCACUUGCAUGGAUUUCUCCUCCCAACCAAUCCGACCCAACAAAACAACGACGCCUCGCCAUUUUUAAGCUAACCACCCCCUCCUUUCUCUCUCUCUCUCUCUCUCUCUCUCUCUCUCUCUACAUGCUAAAGCUCUCACCUUUUCUCUGCGCAGUGGGGAAUCAUGAGAUCUACAAUUCCAAAUUGGUUUCUUUCAGCAUUUUCUGGAUGCGUUCUUCUCGAUUCGAUCUGAAACCCCGUAAUUUCGGAGUUUCGAUCGGUUUUUUCAGAGUAGUUUGAGCUUCAUUUGAUCUUGCUCUGUUUUUUUCUUUCUUUUUUUUUGAUUCCCCUGUUUUUAAUGGAGACGAAGCAUAGCUGCAAGGCUUGUGGGAAGAGCUUCCCCUGCGGGAGAUCGCUGGGCGGGCACAUGAGAUCUCACUUGUCGCUCAUCGCCCCCCCGUCGGAGGCGGCGGAGGAUAAUGCAAGGAUCGGGCGAAGCUCGAUCGGAUCGGCGUCGCGAUCUUACGUUCUCCGAGAGAAUCCUAAGAGGACUUGGAGGGUCGCAAGCCGCGACACCGAUCUCGAUCUCAAGAGUGAAAGAGUUUUCGCUCCUCGGAAGCAGUUUUCAGAGCACUCCAAGUGCCAUUCAGAAGAAGAACACGAAGAGAGUUCGUCGUGGAAAGAGCAAGAGGAUGUGGCGCUUUGCCUCAUGAUGCUCUCGAGGGACGUUGACGAUAAAGGAGUUGAUAAAGAAUCGAAAGAGGAUCCGGGUUCUCUCACGAACGACACCGAGAGAUCGAAGAGGCGAUCGAAACUGUGCUUUUUACCGAACGGAAAGGCGAAUUCCGGCGCUUCCGACGAAGGUCCAGCUGAGAACUCCCGCGUCUCCGAAAUCAAUAAGGAGAACGGCGGUUCCGGCGAUUUCGGUAGCUCCACUAAGAAGAAGAAGAGGCCGUACAAUUGCGCCACUUGCGACAAAUCGUUUCCUUCCUACCAAGCUCUCGGAGGCCACCGCGCGAGCCACAAGAGGAUCAGGGGAUUCGUGUGCUCGUCGAAGGCGCAGGAGAAUAGCGCGGAGACAAACGCUUCUUUCGAAUCGACGACGCUCAAAGAAACUCUCAACAAAGACAUCGGUGCCGAUCAUUGCUGUGCGGAAACGAAGAGCGUAAAUCGCCACCAGUGCCCGUUCUGCUUCAAGAUCUUCCCCUCUGGCCAAGCUUUGGGAGGUCACAAAAGGUCGCAUUUGGUUUCAAGAUCGGAUUUUGGCGAAGUUUCGGGCAUCAACCAAAACUUCGAAAUCGGGCAGAGAAAACUGAAACAGCGGAAUUUGAUCGAUCUCAAUCUCCCCGCUCCCGUCGACGAGGAUUCGAGUAAUACUAAUGAGAAUUAUGAGUUUAAGUCAUGGUGGAUUUGAAAAAGAGUACAUAAUCUUGAUUAUGCAGAUCUAUUUAACUCAUUCUUUUCAUUUAGUAAUCUUUAGAUUUGUUAAUGAAUCAAAUGUUUUUUUUUUUUUCCAAAGCUCAAAUAUUCCUUUUCCUCUUCUUCUCUCAGAUUUUAUUUGAACCACAUAAUAUUAUGAUGGAUGAUUUGUCACAAUUAAGAUCACUAAAGUUUCUAAAAUGUGAAUUACCAUUUUGGCCAAGGUAUAGUAAUUUGUUCUAGAUACAAAUUAUUUGAAUUGGUCUAUAUAAAGUUUUGGCCUUUUUUAAUCAGAUGUCAAUAUGUUAACAAACUGCUGAAAGGGAAAGCAAGGAUGGAUGAACAGAUGUACUAUGCACUAUUUACUGCCCUAUGAUUUUCUCUUUAUUAAAUAUGAAAUGCAUUGCUUAUUUUUGUAUGUCCAAGUUGUUUUUUUUUCU